CGUUCGUUCCAAUCAAAAAUGUUCGGCAACGUCCGUCUUGCACUGUGCGUAGUUCUAGUUUUGUGGAGUUCAACGGCCUGUUCUGCCGCAGGAAGCUACGACGAUGUAAUUACAAAAUUGGACAACCUCCUGUACCGGGUGGUGAUGAGCGAGGUCAACAUCAAGGAACGCCUCGAAGAAACAGAAGACCAGCUCAAAAAGACCCUCGAACAGCUGGAUACCUUGAUGGAACAUCAAAACGGUUUGGUGCAGAACGACGAUCAGCUUUUGGCUAAAAUCGUCGAGUUACGUGACGAGGUUGUGCAGAACCAAGAAAACAUUCGCGGGGAGUUCUCAUCGGCGUUGGCCGGUAUGGGGCAAGAAGUAAGUAACAUUCAUCAACGAUUGGAUGAUUUGAUGAAAAAACAAGGCGAGCUUGCUGUAGAUCAAAAAGCAUUAGCAUCUAUGUUGAUUGACGUUGAGCAGAACGUUAACCAGAAAUUCGCGAUUGGUAUGGCCGAUAUCAGUGAUCGUUUCAAUAAAACAGAAGAAAAGUUUGAAGAAGUUUUGCAAAAUCAGGAAAGUAAUUACGUGGAGUUAUCUUCAAAAAUGGCAAGCGUGAAACAUGAGCUGAAUUUGAUGGCGUCCAAGGUAAUGGAAGGCUUCGAUAAUGCUGAUAAGCGAUUCGUUCAGCUUAUGCAAAACCAAGUGGAUCUUGCUACGGGUCAUGAAGUAUUAACAUCCGCCUUGGAAAAAUUGGAGCAAAAUGUAAGCGAGCAGUUUACCGUGACCCUAACAACAAUUACAGCUAAUUUCGAUAAAACAAAUGACCAAAUCGAUGAUCUCGCUAAGAGUCAGGAAAGCACUCGUGUGGAGUUGUCUACAAAACUGACAAGCAUAAAGCAGGACUUAAACCACAAUUUCAACUUGCUCAUGUCCAACGUAGUUGAAGGAUUUGAAACUGCGGACAAACGAAUCGAUCGUCUUAUGCAACACCAUGCUGACCUUACUACGGGUCAUGAAGUGCUUAGUUCCACUUUAACUGGAUUAGAACUACAUGUUACCGAACAGUUCACCAUGACGCUGACGAACGUAACCGAUCAUUUCGAUAGAACAAAUGACCAAAUCGAGAAUCUUGCGAAGAAUCAAGACAACAGCCGCGUUGAGUUAUCAUCAAAGUUGACCACUUUGAAACAAGAUAUGAACAGUAACUUCAACUUAGUCGUAUCCAACGUGAACGAUGGCUUUUCGAAGACGAAUGUGAAGGUUGAUCACGUCUCACAAAAACAGGAUGACCUUGCAGCAAGUCAACAAACGUUUACUAUCGCAUUGAACAAAAUGAACAACGAUGUAAGUGACAAGCUUGCCAAAAUUUCGACGAACAUCAACGAACGUUCCGACAAACUUGAAGAUCAGCACAGAACAACAAAGGAUCAACUGGAUCGCCUCCUGCAAAAUAUGGACAAUCAUCGCGUUGAGUUCUCAACGGUCCUAACCAGAAUAGAACAAAGUACUAAUCAGAACUUCGUUACAGUAACGAACUACGCAGUGCAAAUUUUGCAGCAGGCCGGAAGCUGUUCAACACCGCAGCAGCCUGCGGUAGUGACUUCGUGCAAGAAUACACCGACUAAAACAUCCGGUCAGUAUCAGCUGAAACCCUUCGGUACCGACGAGGUCCUGGUGGGAUACUGCGAGCAGGAGAAGUUCAAUGGUGGCUGGCUGGUAAUACAACAUCGAUUCGAUGGUUCAGUAGACUUCCAUCGCAACUGGAACGACUACAAACACGGCUUUGGAUCCAUCGGUGGAGAAUUCUGGCUUGGAUUGGACAAAAUUCAUCGGCUUACCAGCAACAAGAACGUUGAACUUAUUGUUGAACUGAAGGACUUCAACAACAACUAUAUCUACGCACGAUAUGAUGCUUUUGAAAUUGGCAGUGAGCCACAGAAAUACUCACUGGACAAGCUGGGAACGUACAGCGGAACUGCUGGGGAUUCUAUGAUUUACAACAGAGGCAAAAAAUUCACCACCAAGGAUAACGAUAACGACGGCGCCGUGAAUCUGAACUGCGCCGUUAGCAGAGCGGGAGCAUGGUGGUUCAAUUGGUGUGGCAAUGCUGAUCUCAAUGGAAUGUACGGCAUUAGAGGUGAUUGGCGAUCCGUUUAUUGGUAUGGCUACAACCAAUAUGAUGGAAUGAAAUACACCAGAAUGAUGAUCCGAGAAAAGUAAAAUGACAACCCAAGUAAUCAAAAGUUCCGCUUCCCAUGACAAAAUGCACUUUCAAAUUCCGCGAAGUUCAGAUAAAGUUCCAAAUGGAACUUUCUGGCUGCUUAAAAGGCUAACGAUGAGCCUUGCUGGAACUUCGGUCACAAGUUCAUAGCCUCUUAAGUAGCCAGAAAGUUCCAUUCGGAUCUUUAUCUAAACUUCGCUGAACUUUAAAGCUGCUUAAGAGGCUUUGUCGGAACUUUCAAGCUCAUAGAAGUUCAGUUCAGUAGCAUUGUGUUUCAUUGAAAAUUAAAUUUAGUUCUUUUACAGAAAACAACUGUUUAAGCAUACACAAAUAAAAGACAAAUAUGAAUUUAUCAAAUCAAUGAAUACUAAGCUUGAACAAAAAAAAAUUGCCAGCCAUCGGAUUCGAACCGAUAUGUAGUCGCUGCGUGUGAACCCUACGCUCUACCACAGUACUACAGUUGCGUUUGAAAGAAAAGCAGCUUAAGUCUUUCUGGAAUCGAUUUUCUGUCGGCAGCUAGUUUUGCACAUUUGUACAGUAGUGAAGUUAGCUUGACUUUGUCAAGUGUCUACAUAGCAGCGACAUGUGUGAAAAUAUAAUUAUCAGAAACAAUUUCCGGACAUGAAUCACAAACUCACCAACAGGGUUUGUGAUUCUGGACAACACAUUUUUUGUUUCUGCAUGAAUUUUGUCAAAGUUCUGUCAGAAGCUGCUUAGAAUGCUGCUAAUGUGAACUUUCAAGUUCCAAAAUUACUUAAAAAUGAAGCUGCUUAGAAGGCUAAUUAGCAACCUCGAACGAGCUGCUUAGCUUAUAAAGUACCCUUUUAUCUGAACUUUUGGUUACUUGGGAAAGGCCCAUCAAACAACAAUGUAAUGUACCUACAGAAUGUAACCGUUGUUAUCAUAUUUAUUUGUUCAGUUUUUACUACGAAAUAAACCUAAAACAGUACAAAAGCAUCAAUGCUCUCAUAUAGCUAUAAUUCUCCGGUACUAAAACCCUAAAACAUCAACGUCUUCGUAAAUAACGUGAAAAUAGCGAUUUAGUGUUAUAAAUUUUGUAUUUUAAACUAGCUGCCCCGAAAAACUUUGUCUUGCUAAAUUGUGGUAAUUUCAACGUUUGAUUGCUCUGAUAUUCAUGCACAC